AUGCCGAUGAGCUGUGGCAGUCCAAGCAGCAGGGCGGCGUUUCGAUUGAUUCGAUGUCGGCAGUGCUUUGGAGUGCCCAGUGACCAGGCCCUGUAUCCACUGUGCCGUCGGUCCCGGGAGAAGCCGGUAAGGGAAAGUGGUGCUACUAUCAUCACCACCGCCCGCCCUGCUCGUAUCCAGGAAACGCCGGAGCCAGCCGCCAAUAUUCUUCAGGACUCAAAUAACAUUUACACAAAAUUCCUCCGGCUUCAUGCAAAUUUUAGUUUUCGAUAUAAAAUUAUAGUUCAUUCCCAAUUUUUGGUUGAAUCUCACUUGGAUUCCGAUGUCUCUCUACAGGCUAACACUGCUGAUGCAAUUACCAAGGAAAAACAGAUCAGCCUGCUUAUUGAGGAAAGAGGAAGUUGCAAUCUUCAGAUAUUGGAUCAGACUGAAGCAGAUGGAUCUUGCUCUCCGGAGUGGGAUGGCUUAACAUGUUGGCCAAAUGGGAUCCCUGGAAGUUUAACUGUGGUCCCCUGCCCAAGCUAUGUUUACGACUUUAAUCAUGACGGAUUUGCCUAUCGACACUGUGAGGAAGAUGGGAAGUGGAAGCUUGCGGGAAGUCUAAAUCGAACAUGGACAAAUUACACAGAGUGCUUUGUGCAACUCCAUAACAGUGACAGACAGGAAUUCUUUGAACGACUAUCAGUGAUGUAUACCAUCGGAUAUGCAGUUUCACUCUGCUCACUGACCAUAGCCAUUAUGAUCAUGGGAUAUUUCAAAAGACUCCAUUGCACCAGGAACUAUAUCCACGUCCACUUGUUUAUCUCCUUCAUGCUCAGAGCCAUCAGCAUUUUCAUCAAAGACCAUGUUGUGUAUUCUUAUCUUGGAAAACAAUAUGACUCUUCUUCAGUGGAUGACCUGAAAGCCUUCACUGUCGCUCCUGUAACAGACAAGUCUUCUUAUGUGGGGUGCAAGAUUGCCGUUGUGUUGUUUCUCUACUUCUUCACCACAAACUACUACUGGAUUCUCGUGGAGGGCCUAUAUUUGCAUUGCCUCAUCCUGAUGGCCUUUCUGUCUGACAGAAAAUAUCUCUGGACUUUCACGUUCAUUGGAUGGGGAGUUCCAGCAGUCUUUACUGUGGCUUGGGCCAUUGUGAGAGCUACGUUAGCUGAUGAAAGAUGUUGGGAACUAAAUAUAGGCAACUUUCACUGGAUUUAUCAAACGCCAAUUGUUAUGGCCAUUGUGGUAAACUUUAUUCUCUUCGUAAACAUUGUUCGAGUGCUGGCAAAUAAACUACGUGAGACUAAUGCUGGCCGAUAUGAUGCAAGGAAACUAUACAGGAAAUUGGCAAAAUCGACGUUGAUUCUUGUGCUGGUCUUUGGAGUCCAUUAUGCUGUGUUUAUUGGUGUGCCACACACCUACGUUGGGUUAGCAUGGGAAAUCAGGAUGCACUUUGAGCUUUUCUUCAACUCAUUCCAGGGAUUCUUUGUUGCAAUCAUCUACUGUUUCUGCACUGGAGAGGUUCAGACAGAAAUUAAAAAGUUAUGGACAAGGUGGACACUGUCCAUGGACUGGAAUGGCAAGACAAGUUAUGGUUCGCACAGAUAUGCCACGGCACUAACCAACCUGACCAACAGCACGGCCAGCCACGAGCAGGUGACUGGGCACAUGUCACUGUUAACGUGCAAACUCCGCAAGAAUGGAGCCAAGCAGGAAAUUGCUCAGCUGACCUUACCUGGGUGUGUAAGAAGCAGCUCUGACCACGACAGUAUCCAGGCAGCCAUUCCAGAAGAAUUCAACGGAAAUGAAAAAAAACAAGAAGAUAUCAUUUUCCUUCGAGAACACUCAAAACCAGCUUAGAAGACAAACGGAGACGUGAAGAACUGAUUUAAAGCACAACAAAGUUAUAAUUAA